CGAUCAUGGUCGAAAAUGCUGCCUGGCCUGCUCUGCCUAAAGGUUUAUGAUUGAUGGCUGCACGGCUGUGUCUAUCUUUCAGUCACCCCCUCUUACGCCCAAUCUUUGUUUCAAUUCCUAUCUUAGAGAUCACUUGCAGCAUUUGCCUUUGCCAUGAAGACUGCAUCGUACGCAGUGCUGGGCGCACUGGCGCUUCCGAUAACCUUGGCUCAGACCGGAAGGUCUGGUUGCUACACCAGUAUCGGCGACAUGGAAAAGGUAGGCACCUCCGUGUUCCAGUCCACAGGAUCAUGCAUGAACAUGUGCGGUAAAGCCGAUGGCUACUACUACGCCAUAAAAGGCGAAGACUGCUGGUGUGGCAAGCAGCCACCCGCCUUUGAGACAGUCACGAACGACCGAGCCUGUAAUCUCCAGUGUCCGGGCUAUCCCCACGACUAUUGUGGCGGCAAUGGCGUUUAUUCGGUUGGGGAGAUGCCGGGCGAUCAUCCGAGUGAAUCCAGCGGAGGAAGCACCACCACAGCGUCCGCGGUGUUGACUACGAAGCCGAAGCCCACGACCACACAAGCUUCGUCUGCCGGUGUUUCAGUAGUGCCAUCAGCAUCAGCCGGGACGAUUGCUGCUUCCUCCUCUGCCGUAUCUACGCCCAGCAAUACCCCGCUAGCGAGCGCCGUUCCUGCUAAUUCUACUUCGGGGGCUAACCGUCGCUUUCGAAUGCUCUUCAUCUAGCUUCUAGAAGGAUGGGUAACAAGCAUGAUCGUGAAAAUCAUUCCUUAUCGUGGUCUGGAAAGGCAGAAUACGAAGGAGUCUAUCGGGAUGUCCC